AUGUUGCGUCUCUCACCACAGCGGUGUAUAGCCUUCUCAGUCCACCGGGACACUACAAAGACACCACGAAUGGUGAAAGAAGUUGGAACUUGGUUGUAUCGACAAGAAACCGUAGAUGCAUUUCGUGUGUGGUGUAAAGCCAACUAUGUACGAGGAAAUGGAAAUGUACGUGUAGUGUCUUCUAUACAUUACGCCCGUUGUCUGCGUGCGGCCCAACAUCUACGACCUGGUCAGGCUAUUCUUACCUGUCCAUAUACAGCCUGCUUUAACUUCCUCGUUGUGGCCCGGGAUAUGUAUAAUCUCAACAGCAACCACAUCACACAUAACUUUCCACUGGAGGUGAAUUGGAUGAAUUACAAUGAACGGUGUUCCUUUUUGCAUGGGGCCUCUAUAUCGGAAAUGGUACUUGCUGGUUGGAUGUGCCGUAUUGCCUCACUUGAGGAAAGUAGUUUUACUCCUUAUAUUAAAUGGUUGUUAGAGGACACACGGGGAAGGGAUGGUAUUGCCAAUGGUGUAUCGAAAGAACGUGGGGAUGAGAGUGGACUUGUGGAUCAUUACUUUUCAGAAAUGGCUACAGACGCUUGUGAAGAUCCGGAGGUGUUUCUUGAGAAUUUAUUUCGCAGUUUUGCCGCUUUACACCUCCGUGCAGUGCCAAUAGAACCAGAAGCCAUUCGUCUCUUUAUUCCAGGCACAAACUUCUUUAAAGCCAGUGCGGAUGAUAUGUUUGUACCAACACUCAUUCCUUUAAUAGACGCCGUCCCACAGGUGGAGGACGGUUUACACAACACUAUUGUCCAAUUCUUUCCAUACAAUGAUGAUAAGGAGGCACUUAAACAACAAUGUCGUGAAAUGUUUUUAUCAGAGGAAGAAACAUUAGCUGUAGAGAAGAGUCUCCCUAAUAGUGGUGGUGGUUUCUUUGCAUUACGGGCCUUAUGUCCUAUUGAGAAGGGGGAUUAUCUCUAUUUGCGCGGUAUGCCAAAAUUGGGAGAUGCGGAACAGGAAUCAAUGACCGUGAAGGUAAUGGAAGCUAAUCGUCUGAUGAAUAACGACUAG